AUGUGCUCUGUACGAAGCGUUAUCUACGACGACCGUGUAGUGAUAAACGUAAGCGGCAUGAUAUUUGAAACGCGCCAGACGACGUUAUCACGUUUUCCAGACACGCUCCUGGGCAACGAGGAGAAGCGAAGCAAGUUUUACGUACCGGAAUUUAAAGAGUACUUCUUCAACCGCAAUCGAUCGGCCUUUGAGGCAAUCCUCUAUUAUUACCAGUCCAGUGGACGACUCAGGCGGCCGGCUGAAGUCCCCAUGUGUAUUUUUAAGCAAGAAAUUGAGUUUUUCGAACUGGGAGAUGAAGUUUUGAGUGACAUUCGACUAAAGGAAGGGUAUCUGAGUAUAAACGAAAGUCCAAGAGAACUUCCUGAAAAUAAACUUCAGCGCAAAAUCUGGGAACUCUUUGAUCAACCCGACACGUCGUUUGCGGCAUCGUGUUUAGCCAUAUUUUCUGUCAGCGUUAUCGUCGUGGCAAUUGCAGUCUCUAUCGCAGAAACUGUACCCUCGAUAAGAGAAAAGAAAGCCGACUUCGCUAAUUUUGCAGACACCGCAGAGGAGCCGGUCUGGAGCGAAGACACCUGGUUUCUUUUAGAAUUAGCCUUCAACACUUGGUUUACAAUCGAGUAUUUAGUUCGGCUGUUCACUUCCCCGAACAAGUGCAGUUUUUUUACGUCGAUUUUGAACAUUAUCGACCUGGUGGCCAUCGCUCCGUUCUAUGUUUCACUUCUUCUCACCAAGUCCGAAGCAAGCUCAGUAGCAGCGCUACGAAUAUUACGGAUCGUUCGAGUUUUUAGAAUCUUCAAGCUUUCCCGUUAUUCCAAGAGUCUUCAGAUAAUUGGGUAUUGCGUGUUUGAGAGCUUCAGAGAAUUAGGGCUUUUAAUUCUGUGUCUGUUUUUCAGUGUGAUUGUUACAGCUAGCCUUUUGUAUUAUAUCGAAGUGGGAAGUGAAAAGACAGAUUUCCAUAGUGUACCUGCAACAUUUUGGUUCUCAAUACAAACCAUCACAACAAUAGGAUAUGGAGACAUGGUACCUCACAGCCCUUUAGCAAAACUUAUGUCGGCUGCUUGUGCAAUAUUUGGCGCGGUGACUCUCGCGCUGCCCGUCCUAACAUUUGUAUCGAAUUUCAAUACUCUUUAUUACAAGAACAUGUUGGAGAAGGACGAGGCUCGUGAAAAUCGCGAAACAUCCGAAGCCGCAAGCGAACUGGAUUCACUAUUGAACAACAGUGAAGAAAUCCCUCAAAGACAUAAUAAGUACUACAGAUAG